AACAACAACACUUCACUUGGUCAUUCUGAAGUCAAAAUCGCAGCAAGCCUGAGUUUGAGUCGGUGUUUUGAUUCUUUUUGGUUCUUACGUGACUUCUUCACUCAUUCGUUGACCAAAUCAAUCACUGGGCUUCAAUAUUAAUAUCGCGAGAUCGUCUACCAUGUUUUGGGCCCGAUCGGGGUGCCUUUGGCCCCGGCGAAUCAUGAGCCAGGUUGGCCACCUGAGCCAAAAUGCGGCUACGGCUUCGUCCUUAACUUGCGCUCAUCUCAAAAAUCGGGCCGUGGUCCGAGUUCAAGGCCUUGAAAGCGCGGAUUUGCUGCAAGGACUCAUGACCAACGAUAUUGUGAGCCGAUUCCAGCCUUUGGAUGAGGAGGGCCUGCUCAAAGACGAACCCGUCCAGAGUAUCUACACGCAUAUGCUCAACACGCAAGGCCGAGUCCUGUUCGAUGUGAUCGUGUUCAAGGGAUUUCAAGAGCACGAAUUUCUCUUGGACGUGGAUUUCGACGGCCGAGACAAGCUGGUCAAGCACUUGAAGAUGUAUAAAGUGCGCCGAAAGAUUGACAUCCAACUCGACGACCACCUCAAAGUGUUGGCCUUCUUCCAAAAGAACGCACCCGAAAACAUCACGGAAUUGACCGCGGCGGUCAAAAGCGAUCUGCCUGGAUCCAUUCAUUGCGAUCGAGGUUGGAUCUCGCCCAAUGACCAAGUCCCAGCCCUGGAGUUUAGUGAGGAUUGUCUAUCUAGUGUCGAUCCCCGGCUGCCGGAACUGGGGCAUCGGAUCAUUGCCCCGCAAGAGCUGGAAUUCGCCGAUCAAGCCGACCAUCGGCAAGAUUAUCAACAACUCCGUUACUGGUUUGGCGUGGCCGAAGGGGCGCAGGAAGUGAUUCCCGGCAAGGCUUUGCCCUUAGAAUACAAUGUGGACUAUCUCCACGGGAUCAGCUUUCAUAAAGGUUGCUAUAUUGGUCAAGAGCUCACCGCCCGCACCCAUCACACCGGAGUCAUUCGCAAGCGAAUCAUGCCCGUUGUCAAUUUAGAUCAAGAGUUCAAGCGAAAUGGUGACGAUGAGGACGUGGAUUUUUUGAAUGAAGCCGACAAAAAGAUCGGUAAACUAAGGGGUUCAAGUGGGAAACUCGGAGUGGCGCUUAUGCGAAUCGUGGAAAGCAUGAAGGCUAAGAAAAUUCAUUAUGACACUCAAUCAGUUCGAGUUUGCCAACCUCAUUGGUGGCCGCUAGAUAAGAACGAAGGCUCAAAUCCGCGAGAUAAGAAAAAUCAUUUUUUCUACAAUUCUUUCCAGGUUAUGAAUAUCGCCUGUCGGACCGUUAGAACAAGAGCGACCUCUUGGAUGUUGCCGCCCAAUUGUCUCUUGAGGGCCCAUUCUGUAUCUCCUAUUUUCGCCACACCUCUUUCAGGGCAGAAUCAUGAUGAAUUUACUGCGAAGGCCGAAGCGAAGAAGGAGCUACAUAUCAAAUCAGAGAAGCGCAAGGCGGAUGAUGAAGAGCUCAAAGAUAAAAUCCUUUUAGCUAGUCUCAAGCAUGUGCCUCAACACAGUUGGAGUCGUCAAGCUGUGGCCGAAGGGGUCCAAGACUUGGGCUAUCCUCCGGUGUCUUCGGGAAUCAUUGACAACCAUCCCCUGGAGUUGAUCUUGUUCCAUAUGCGAUUGUCCAACGAGCAAUUGGAGCAAAAGAUGGCCGCUGAUGUGGCGGCUAUUGAAGCCCAAGGCGAGCGACUUCGAAUCAGAAAGUUCCUUAGAUCCCACGUAGAGAACCGUCUGAGGAUGAAUAUACCGUUCAUGGGACACUGGACCGAAGCCCUGGCCAUCAGUAGCCUGCCUCAAAACCUGUGUGAGACUGUCCCUCUUGAUUUGGAGUUGUUCGAUCUCAUGUGGCAUUAUGCCGGAGACAAGGCCACGGAUCUGAAUUGGUAUACGAAACGAAUUAGUCUAGGAGCCAUUUACAAGGGCACGGAAAUGGCCAUGCUUCAAGACAAAAGCGAGGAUUUCCAACACACGUGGGAGUUCCUGGACCGCCGCUUCCAGGAUGAAAUGGAUUUCUCUAAUCUGGUCAAGAACUCGAAUGAUGUGCAAAAUGUGGUCAAGGGUGUGGCCACAACGCUUCAAAAUAUCUUUGGCCUUCAGAGCAAGCAUUAAAUAUAAUCUCCACAAAAGGAACCUAGAAUCCAGAGCUUGAAGAUCCACGAUGUAAUUUAUUUACCUUUCAAUUUCAG